GAAUCCACCAGCAACUCUAUAGGAAAAAAAUGUGGCAGUCUUCUUCCUUAAGGAUAACAGCCCUGGAAACAUGGUGGGGCAAUUCUACUUUGCCCUAUAGAGUUGCCUUUUGUUAGAAUCAACUCAAUGGCAAUGGGUUUGAAUUUUUUAAAAAUUUUUUGGUUAUUAUUAAAACAGAUCCUCCUGUUCACAAAGGCAUUUCUAAACCUUGCAAAGAAGGUAAUAAUAGUAACCAGAUUUUUAAAAAAGAAAAAAAUAAAGCACCAUGAGUUAACUGUUAUGUCAAUAGGAUGUGACAGGUCACAUUUAAGACAGGAAUUUUCAACUCAGAUGACUUUUAAUCACUAAUACAGAGUUACCAGAAUGGAGGAGGCAUGGGGAUUAUCAGGCAAAAGACCAUAAUUGGGGGUUCACAUAACAUGUUUCCACUUAGCUUGGGAGGAUAAUAUUAAAAAAGAAAUUGGUUUAUGUGUAUAAAUUCAAAUAGGAUCGUUAGAACCAGUGAAUAGAAGCUAAAAAGAGAGAGAUUUCUGCUAAAUUAAAGUGUCUGAAUAAUUAUAUAUAUUUAAAAUGGAAAAGGGCUACCUGUAACUGAGAGUCACAGUCAUUGGACGUACUCAAUAGCAAAAUGCAGGUGGUAUUGUAAAGGCGAUGACUAGCUGAGGUACCAGUUGACAGUUUGUUGAAUGUUGCUUUUACCUUCUCCAGCCAACAAAAUAGCUACAUGGAAGCAGAAAACCAAACAAAAUUUUCAAAAUUCCUCCUGCUGGGCCUCUCAGAGGAUCCUGAACUUCAGCCCCUCUUCUUUGGACUCUUCCUGUCCAUGUACGUGGUCGCUGUGCUUGGGAACCUGUCCAUCAUACUGGCCGUCACCUCUGACUCCCAUCUCCACACACCCAUGUAUUUCUUCCUCUUCAGCCUUUCCUUUGUUGACAUCUGUUUCAUCACUACCACGGUCCCAAAGAUGCUGGUGAACAUCCAGACACAGAACAAAGACAUCUCGUACAUAGGAUGCCUCACUCAGGUGUAUUUCUUCAUGAUUUUUGCUGCACUGGACAAUUUUCUCCUGACCAUGAUGGCCUAUGACCGGUUUGUGGCCAUUUGUCAUCCCCUGUACUACACAGUCAUCAUGAACCCCCGGCUCUGUGUCUUGUUGGUUCUAGUGUCUUGGGUCAUCAUUUUUUGGGUCUCCCUGCUUCAUAUUGUCUUGAUCACAAGGCUGAAUUUCUGUAUAGACACUGAAAUACCACAUUUCUUCUGUGAACUGACUCAGAUUAUCAAAGUGGCCUGUUCUGAUACCCACAUCAAUUAUAUCUUCUUGUAUGUGUUGACUGCCCUGAUGGGUGUGCUUCCCCUCUCAGGGAUCCUCUUUUCUUACUCUCAGAUUGUCUCCUCCUUAAUGAGGAUGUCCUCUGCCGGGCGCAAGUAUAAGGCAUUUUCCACCUGUGGGUCUCACCUCUCCGUGGUCUCUUUGUUCUAUGGAACUGGUCUUCGGGUCUGCCUCAGUUCUGCUGUGACCCAUUCUUCCCAGACAAGCUCUAUUGCCUCAGUAUUGUACACUGUGGUCACGCCCAUGCUGAACCCCUUCAUAUACAGCCUAAGGAAUAAGGAUGUGAAGGGAGCCCUGGGAAGGCUCCUUUGUAGAGCAGGCUCUUGUCCACGAUGAUGGUUACUGGCCUCAAGGCUAAAUGGGCCUCAUGGUCCCCAAAACCAAAUAUCAUGAAUUUAAAUGUCCUGAUUCCUUUUUCUUCCUCAAAAGACAUGCAUCAUUUCUUCCAAUCCCAAAGCAACUAUAGUUGGCCUUCUACUUGUUAGUGUACCACAUUUCCUUAGUAAUUUUUUUUCCCUCUUCUUUCUUUCCUAUAUGCUGUCUUUAAAUUCUUUCUUUGGUCAGCUUUCUUUGAGCCAUACCUGAAAAAUCCAACCUUAGAUUUGCCUCAUUAAUCUUGGCAAGUGCAGACGUGAUUUUCCUAAAGCUUAAUCUCUCAAACAUUGAUGCUUUUCACCUUAAUUUGGUUAUGUGUGUGUUUUUCCCUGAACAAA